AUGAACGUUAUAGCCCAUUGCUGGAAGGAGGUGUCCCAGGGUGUCACUGGGUUCAACGCGACGUUGGUGGCAGCUGCCUGUCAGAAUGUUUUUGCUGUUUUGCAGAAGAGUCCUGCUGACCAAUGAGCCUUAGGGGGGCCCAGGUACUGCACCAAUGGGAUCCCAGCUAACAGUGAAACGUUGCUCUGGGCCAGAGUUGUUAGAGGGAAAAUACUAUUAUAUUCUCCAAUGACUAUUAUACCCUAGUGGAGGACCCCGGUGUUGGAGUUGAGUGGCAAGUUAGGUCUCCCGAGUGGCGCAGUGGUCUAAGGCACUGCAUCGCAGUGCUAGCUGUGCCACUAGAGAUCCUGGUUCGAAUCCAGGCUCUGUCGUAGCCGGCCGUGACCGGGAGACCCAUGGGGCGGCGCGCAAUUGGCCCUGCGUCGUCCAGGGUAGGGGAGGGAAUGGCCGGCAGGGAUGUAGCUCAGUUGAUAGAGCAUGGCGUUUGCAACGCCAGGGUUGGUGGUUCGAUUCCCACAGGGGGUAUGAAAAAAUAAAUAAAUAAUGUAAGUCGCUCUGGAUAAGAGCGUCUGCUAAAUGACGUAAAUGUAAAAUGUAAAUGAAGUUGUUCACAGAUUGGUGAGAGGAGGCAAGGAGGAAGGCUACCCUUGUGACUGCUGAACUAAAACCAUUACCCCCUUGAGAUUCCAAGGCGACGCCCCGCUGGCCACAGUGACCCUCUUGGAGCCUUCCCAGACCUGUGGAGAACAAGACUUUGUGCAUCCAGACACCAGGUGAAGUUGAAGUGGAUGUCCAGCUACAGCCUGAUGGUCAACCCCCCUGUAAACCUCCCACCGGUAGAGGGACUGGAGCAAACACAGCAACAAAGGCUCAAUGCACUCCUAUCCCAUUGGUCAAGUGUGUUCCCACAGGUACUGUCCCCCCCCCCCCCCUCUCCCUCUCUCCCUUAUCCUCUAUCUCCCCCUCUACCUAUCUCCCUCCCAUUCUACUCCCUCCCCCUCUACCUGUCUCCCUCCCCCUCUACCUAUCUCCCUCCCAUUCUACUCCCUCCCCCUCUCCCUCUCUCCCUUCUCCUCUACCUCUCUCCCUCCCCCUCUACCUCUCUCUCCCCCCCCCCCUCUACCUCUCUCCCUCCCCCUCUACCUAUCUCCCUCCCCCUCUACCUCUCUCCCUCCCCCUCUACCUCUCUCCCUCCUCUUCUACCUAUCUCCCUCCCCCUCCCCUCCCUCUCCGCUCCUCUUCCUGUCCUGUCUGCACUCAGCAACUCUUGGUGAGGCAUCAUUAGGUAUAAUGUACUUUCUGGUUUGCAGCAGGCCUUUCUCGAGGGGAUAUUUGAAGUGGGGAGAAGGCCCUGACGUUAGUGGAGGGCUGAGGAACUCUCUCCUCCCCCCUCCUCAUCUAUCCCUCUCACCACCCCUUCAUCCUCCGUUCCUCUCCUCCUCUCUCUCGUUCCCCCUUACACCUACAACCCUGGGGUUCUCUGUAAAACAGCUCUUCAACAGAGAGGCCUGUCAUCCCGAAACACACACAGGGUCAUCAUCUCCACUGACAGGAACAUGUGCUGUGUCCAGGUGUGUGUGUGCCAGUGAUGGGGCUGGCAUGGAUCACUGGGUCAGACCGAGCCAGGCAUCCACACGCAUGGCACCAGUAUGACAUCAUAACCUCCAACAACAUGUCUUAACGUUGUAGAAAAAUAAGGAAGUGAUGUGCUGCUAAGGUACACAUUAGUACGUUUUGGUACACAGAAAGUGCUCUUUGUUGCUAAAAGGGGUAAAUUGAUCAUCUUAAUGACCUAUAUAAUGAGUUGGCAGAGUAACCUUACUUGGCAACAGGUAAGGAGUGUUCAUCAUAUAGAAAGGAGGACCAAGGCACUCUUCAUAUAAUUAAUUAAAAUGCCUUUAAUUGUAUGGCGUGUUCAAUAGAAACAACGAUUAAAAACUCAGACGCGUUUCGGCUGCAUGGCCUUCGUCAGGGAGGUGUCUUCCUUUAACCAUGAUUCACAGCUAAUUUGUCUAGGCUUGUCAGACUCAUGUUGGGGGUAUCUAGGUUAGUCAGACUCAUGUUGGGGGUAUCUAGGUUAGUCAGACUCAUGUUGGGGGUAUCUAGGUUAGUCAGACUCAUGUUAUCUAGGUUAGUCAGACUCAUGUUGGGGGUAUCUAGGGUUAGUAGACUCAGUUAUCUAGGUUACACUCAUGUUGGGGGUAUUCGGUAGGUAGUAUCUAGGACCUCAUGUUGGGGGUAUCUAGGUUAGUCAGACUCAUGUUUGGGGGUAUCUAGGUUUAGUCCACGACUCAUGUUGGGGUUUUAUCUCAGGUUAGUCAGACUCAUGUUGGGGGUAUCUAGGGUUAGUCGACUCAUGUUGGGGGUAUCUAGGUUAGUCAGACUCAUGUUGGGGGUAUCAUGGGUUAGUCAGACUCAUGUUGGGGUAUCUAGGUUAGUCAACUCGGGUUAGGACUCAUUUGGUUGGGGGGUAUCUUGGGUUAGUCAGACUCAUGUUGGGGGUAUCUGGGUUAGUCAGACUCAUGUUGGGGGUAUCUAGGUUAGUCAGACUCAUGUUGGGGGUAUCUAGGUUAGUCAGACUCAUGUUGGGGGUAUCUGGGUUAGUCAGACUCAUGUUGGGGGUAUCUAGGUUAGACAGACUCAUGUUGGGGGUAUCUGGGUUAGUCAGACUCAUGUUGGGGGUAUUUAGGUUAGUCAGACUCAUGUUGGGGGUAUCUAGGUUAGUCAGACUCAUGUUGGGGGUAUCUAGGUUAGUCAGACUCAUGUUGGGGGUAUCUAGGUUAGUCAGACUCAUGUUGGGGGUAUCU